GGCAUAAUACCGCGACUGCAGUUUCAGUAGAAUUUUGAACGUUGAACGACGAAGUUUAUGUCCGCUCCCUGCCGCAGCUGCCGAAAAAAAGGCAAUGUUUGGCCCCACCACCAACCCGGUCCGGACCGUCCCGCCCUCGCGUGUUCACAAAGCUGACAUCAGACGCGCCGCGUCGCAGACCCUUCGACAACGUAACCACAACCUCGACUGCCCGUCUACAUUCUACGGUGGACUCCUGUUGAUAUCCACUUACCUGGCAAACAUGGCAACCUACAACAACACGUGGCGGAACAAGAUAUGGAUGGGCUGGUUCUUGAUGCAGCCGCCGGUGAUCCUCCUAAUCGACCUGCUGGAAUAUCUGUAUCCCGCCUGGGUGUACGAGCCCGCCGGCGCGCCGCUGCACGCCGUCUACGCGCUCAAGCAGUGGUACAUCGCGACGUACAACGACCCAAUCGUGCAGUGGACGGCCGAGACGGCGUCCGGGCAUGACAGCUGGAUGGGGCUGUUCCUGCACGUCGAGUUUCUGUUCCUGCUGCCCACCGCGCUGUACGGCGUCUACCGCUUCGCCGUGCAGCGCCGCGGCACGUCUGGCGCCGACGAGCUGCUGUUCCUGGUUUACGCGCUCGAGGUCGCCUUCACCACGCUGGUCUGCAUCUACGACACCUACUACCUGGACAGCGCCGUGUAUUCGGAGGAGCUGAAGCGCACGCUGCGGGUGCAGUUCUACGGGCCGUGGUGCCUUUUCCCAACCCUCAUGGCGAUCGACAUGGCGAUCAGGAUCCUGGGGCGCAUCAAGGCCGCUGAUGCUGUCUUGGGCGCUAGGAAGUCGCAGUGAUAGGGUAGCAGAGGGAGCCAAGCGCGAGGGCCUGUCAACCCCACCAUCAAUGAUGUCCAGAUACGUGUACUGUCGAACCCGAACCAUAAAACAUGUGGUA